AUUGUCACUUCGGCCAACACACAAGAUGAGACUUUACCACCGUAGAGCGACUUUUUGCAAAAAGAUGAGGGGGAAACUCAGUAAGAUGUCGGAGAAGCGAAAUAUACGAGAUCACAAACGUAGAUUGCUCGCGGCUAAAUAUGAAUUGAGACGAAAGCUUUAUAAAGCCUUUUGUAAAGAUCCCGAUCUUCCUAGUGAUAUGCGAGACAAACAUCGUUAUAAGUUGUCCAUUCCAAGAAAUAGUUCCUUUGCACGAGUAAGAAACCGAUGUAUUUUCACGGGUCGCCCUCGUUCCGUAUAUGAGUUCUUUCGAAUUUCUCGUAUCGUUUUUCGUGGAUUAGUAUCUCGAGGUCCUUUGAUGGGCAUAAAGAAAUCGUCUUGGUAGCAACCACCAAACCAAUAGAACAAGGGUUAGCUCUGCAGUUGGUCUACAAGCAAGGUAAGUAGGUCCAUUACUGGCCGGCUCCGGACCGAAAAGACCUAACGGAGUAAUCCCUUAUCUCGGAUCGGAAAUGCUAACUGGGCAGGAAUCGAAGUGGGGGAUCUCUUUACCGCCUGUGUCUAUCUCCUGCCAAGUAUGCUCCCCAGACAUAGACUACGUACAGGGUAGUACUCUUGGAAAGAUAGAAUAUCCCCGUGUGAACAUAACAUUAAGUUACGAAUGCAACUCCUGAGGGAUCUACCACUAUUCUAAAUAUAGUAAGGCGGAGAACUGUUGUUCAUUGGAGCACCGGAGUGCAGGGGUUGUUUCCAUCAUUGAAGUCAGAGUCUGGGACUGAGCCUUCCGA